AUGGAUCUUGGCCAGUGUCUCAAGGCUCAAGUUUGGACAGAAACAUGGGGCAGACAACGACACUGCGGAUGGACAGCGGGCCUCAAGAGCUCCCCGACGGGCCCCGACCCUACCGAAGCCGCACCCCUCCGUAUGCCGCACAGUGCACUCACCAGCCUACGCCCCCACCAGCUCCUUCCCGCAUCCUCCUGGGUCCUCUCACCGUUCAAUGCCCAUUCAAGGUCGCUCACCACCUCACCUCACUCACUCACUCACUUACACCGACCCUCACAACCUCAUUCCUCAGACCAACAGUGUUAUGUAUUCAUCCAAACAACAACCUCAUGUGUGAGACACCUUAGUCAGAUGGAACAGCACACACCCCCAUCCACAAACUUCAUCUGUUUCUUCAAACCGACCGACACCCUGCACAGAAACCCCAAACACGACUUUUGCUCUCCCGAUCAAUGCUCCCGUUUCAUACACGCGUACAUUCGUGGGGUAACCGCUGUUUUCCACUCCCAUCGCAUGGCUAGUGACGUACCAGGGUGA